AUGGCUGCGCAACACCCAAAUGGACAUCCAGGAGCUGGAAUGGUACAGCAAAUGCACCCUGGUGUAUCUGCACCAGGAGGACCUCAGGUUAGCCAAGCGGGCCCGAUGAUGGGUGGCAUGCCCCCGGGCGCUGGGACAGCUGGUCCUGGUGGCCCCGGCCCAAAUGCUCAUGCUAUGUCCCACCUGAAUCCCGCGCAGGCGCAUAUGCUUCAGGGCCCUCAAUUCCAGCAAAAUUUCGCAAACAAUCCCCAUCUAUUACAUCAGCACCAACAACAACAACAGCAACAGCAAUUAAUGCGGCAACGAAUGAUGCUUCACCAGCAGCAGCAGCAGCAACAACAACAUCAUCAGCAGCAGCAACAGCAGCAACAGCAACAGCAACAGCAUGGCCUCCCCGUGUCAAUGCCGAAUGGUACACAAGGACUCAAUGCGGCUCAAUUGGCUGCAAUGCAGGCGAAUCCUGGAAUGCGACCAGUCAACAUGGUGCAUCUUCAGCAACAAAUGCAACAUGGCCAGCCGCCAAGUCUCCAGCAGCAGCAACAAUUCUACGCUAUUCAGCAAGCACAGCAGCAGGCCCAGCAGGCCCAGCAAGCCCAACACGCUCAACAACAGGCAAAUAAUGGACAAUCAGGCCAGCAUACCCCACAACGAGCAUCGGCACAACCACCAAAUAUGCACGAACAAAGUGCUACGCCACAGUCGCAGCAUGGUGGACCGCCGCCAGGAAGCGGCACGCCACAACCUUCUCAACCUCCUCAACCACCUUCUACGCAACCUCAGCAAUCGCAGGGCCCACCACAAGGCCAAGCAACCCCUAAUCCUCCGUCGCAGCAAUUACCGCAACCUCAGCAGCCAGGUCAACAGGGACAAGCUGGCCAACAGCAGCAACCACCACAGACUGCGCAGGGCCAACCAGGCCAGCAGCCAGUUCCAAAUCAACAGAUGACGCCGCAAGAGGCUCAACUGAAAGCACAGCAGCACCAGAACGCUCUCAUGAUGCAGCAGCAACAGCAGCAGCAACAGCAACAGCAAAGAAAGACCAACGCAAUUCUAGCACUUCAUGCCUACUCCGAGCAUCUUGGCAACUUUCAGUCUCGCAAUGAAGCACAGGAUCUUCAAUAUUGGCAAAUGUUCGUCGAGCGCUUCUAUUCCCCCGGCGGUGUGUUGCGGCAGGGUGUCUGGAACAACUCAAGUGGUUCUAAACAAUUUGAAAUUGCGACUCCUGCACUGGCACGGUAUUACUUGACUCAGUUCACCAGUGGAAUCAAUCAAAUUCAAAUGAUGGUGGAAGGUACUCGUGAGCGGGAAUCUCCCAAUGGAGGUCAUUGCGUCGAAGCAUCCAAAUGUUCAUUCAUUUAUUGGUUCAAGAAUGAGUGCCAGCUCUUUACGAACGGCACACUGCGCGCACAUUUCGACAUGAACAACAAACUGGAGAUGCUUGAUCUUAAUGUUAUCAGCCACAAUGAGUUCAUUCCGCGGUCUUUAUUAUUGUCCAUGGAGGCGGAUUCUCAGAAGCAAAGCCCUAAGGUUCCAAAGAACUCAAAACGUGCCCAGUCAAAGCCGGCACCAUCAUUAGCGUUGCCCGAAUCUAUGGUCACUGCCAUGGGCGUGCCUACUGCAGUCAUGAGUUUCAUGGAGGUAGCUGAGACAAUUGCCACGAUGCAAAUGUUGUUCCAAUAUUCUCAAACAAACCCGCAGCUGUCGCCCCCAGAUGCUUUGCGAAAUCUCGUCGGCGGUCUCCAUGUGCAAAACCCCAAUAAUCCUGGUUUCGCGUCAACCCCCAUGCCCAUGAAUCCAGGUAUGAACCCAGGCAUGAACCCGGGUAUGAAUCCCGGAAUGAAUCCAAACAUGAACCCGGGCAUGAACCCAAAUAUGGGCAUGAAUCCGGGUAUGAAUCCCGGAAUGAGCCCGAAUAUGAACCCGGGUAUGAAUCCAAAUAUGAAUAUGGGCAUGAAUCCUGGGAUGCAACCCAUGCAGAAUGUCCGAGGACAUAGCAUGGGGGCUCCAUCCCAAUUCGCCUCGCCAGCCAUGGCGCAUCUUGGUCUCCCUGGACAGCAAGGCUCGCCUCAUCUGACUGGUUCAGCACAUGCGAGCCCGGCCCAAAGCAAUCUUGCAGGGCCCACAGGAAUGCAACCGCCAAUGCAUCCGUCUCCCGCCGGCGUGAAUAACAGUCCAAAUGUAGGUGGCACCAAACGUCGCCGAGCGAGCACUGUCAAGAUGGAAUCCGAAGACGGUGGAGUCGAGGCUAACGGCGCUCCGCAGGGCUCAGCGAAAGUAAAGGCUAGCCCUCGGGUGCAGAAGCGACAAAAGGGCGCCGCCUAA